AUGAACUUAAUUGUUAAUGAACCUUCAUACUUUUAUAGUACUGCAGGAAAAUCAAAAGCGGAAAUGACAGAGGAAGAGCUCCGUCAACUUGAGGAGCAUGAAUUUAACACUGGACCUUUAUCAGUUUUACAACAAUCUGUCAAGAAUAAUACUCAAAUCUUGGUAAACUGCAGGAAUAAUCGAAAAUUGCUCGCUCGUGUGAAAGCAUUCGAUCGACAUUGUAACAUGGUAUUGGAGAAUGUUAAAGAGAUGUGGACAGAAACACCGAAAGCCGGUAAAGGUAAGAAGGCUAAGCCGGUUAACAAAGAUAGAUUCAUUAGCAAGAUGUUUUUACGUGGAGAUUCGGUCAUUCUCGUAUUAAGAAAUACGGUAUAA